GAAACGUAAACGGACUGGAGCGCAGGCGCGCGAGCGCUCGGACUUUCGGACAGUACGUGAGGCCGGCGGGUCCUGGAAAAUACGGUCCAGGUCCCAGGGCAUCGGACGCUGCAAGGCGGUGAUGGACGCGAAGAGCGGCUCGCCGCCCCCGGCGGUGGGCGGCAGCGGCAGCGUCGCCCCCGUGGCUGUCCAGACCCAGGGCCUGGAGCUGGAACUGCAGCUGGAGAAGUCGGCCAGCGCGGAGGACCUCAGCGAGUACACCGACGCCGACGAGUCCGUCUCCUCGGCGCCUACGGAGUUCCUGGCAGAGUUCCUGUCUGCGCUGAUGCUGAAGGACUACGAGGCUGCCCUCAAGUACUGCAAACUCAUUUUGCAGUAUGAGCCAAACAACGCAGCCGCCAAAGAGUUCUACCCACUCAUCGUCGAGAAGAUCCAGCUCAUGGAAGCCGCCAGCCUGGACAGCAGCAACGGGAACAGCGGCGAGGGCGAGGACGACGACAACGGGAACCACGUGAGCUCGGGGGCGGCGCUGACCGGCGGCGGCUGCAGCUCCAGCAGCUCCAGCAGCAGCGUCCACUCGGAAGAGGAGGGCCGCGCCUCGGGCUGCAGCCACUCCGAGGGCGACUCGGACGCCACCACGGCCAGCUACUCCAGCCUGGAGGACGACGACGCCGCCGCCGCCGCCGCCGCAGACCGCGACAACGGCAACGACGCCGCCGCCGCCGCCGCCGCGCUCGCCCCCGGCCUCGGCCCCACGCCCGCCUUCCAGGGGACGAGCAGCGACUCGGAGAGCCCGACGGAGCCGAUCAGCCAGCAACAGCAAGCGAUGGCGGUGGCCGUGCAGCAGCUGCGCGCCCGAGUCACCCCCGCACGCACCUCCUAGGCUCACCUGUCAUACUACCGAAGAUAACUGUCCGUGUAAUAAAACACCCAGCUGGCAAAUCUUCCAAUAGAGCAAUCAAACCAGAGUAUGUGUGUAAUGCAGUUCUUCAUCGUCGUAGUAACAUUAUAAGAGCACCUUUAAAAGACUCGUCUGUUCUGAUGAGGUAAGACAAAUGAGUUAGACCCACACGAGUUCUGCUCCAGCAGCAGCAGCAGCAUUAUGAGGUGCAACUGCACAUAAUUGGAGAUUCACACCCCUUCCCCCCCCCCCCCCUCCUUGUGUCCAGUUUCCCACAUCUUUUAUUGUCAACAGUGUCGUUUCUGGUUUAGGAUGAGUCAUUAAAAUGAAAACUUUUCAUAACUGUAAAGGUACAGGAAGCAAUAAAUGCUGCAGUGUGGUUACUGCCAAACAAACACUUUUAACGGAGCACAGACAAAUGGUGAAUGUCCUGACAGUUAUCAUAUCUUGUGCUGACACAAGCUUCAUGACAACAGAGAAAGCAGGCAGCACAUUCACAGGAAUCAGAGUAUCAGGCACAAUGGGGAACCUGUGUGUAUUUCCUAUCAUCACAAGUGGCUUGCAAAAGUUCAUUCUCUCUCUUCCUGCACAACAACAUUAUUUACACCCCAAAAAAUCUUAACUGACAGUUUUCCAUGAUGACUCUAAGAUAAAUACACUGAGAAUUACAACUAAAGUUGAGAUAGUUGCUAUUGUAAUUGCUUUAAAAGUCAAUUGAGGAUAAUACUUGUAAUGAAACUGUUGCAAGUGAAGAUGUUAAUCUGUGGAAUAGCUGACCAAACACGGUCAAGUAAUGAAGACAACAAACUGAUCAUCUUAGAGAAAUAACCUUUUUUUGUAUAUAGCCUUCUGUCUUAACCACAGAUGUCUUUUACUGAGAGGUAUUUCAAUUUUUCUGUGUAAAGAAACUAUUUUUUUUCAUAUAUAGUGAACAAAACUGGCAGAACUACAAAGAACUGCUGUCAGUGUGUACACACUUGCAGGACUUCUACAGUGUAGAGUUGCGAUGGUCAUUUCUAUUACAAAUUGGAGAGCAAUUUUCCUAGGCAACAUGAGAAGACACCAGAAAAUUUAGUGCAGUAAACAUUGUUAAUAUUCUAGUUACCAUUUCAUCUUGUGUCUUGUAACUUGAACAACAAACAACAGUUGUGAAAAUAUGUUACAUAUGUGUAAACCAGCAUGUUAUCAUUAAAACUGUUUAGGAAGUUGCCUAAUGUUAAGUAUUGCACUGAAUAUGGUAUACUGCUGAAAAAUCACUGAAACUGUUCAGGAAGCUACAAUUACAUAUUUCCAGCAUUAUGCAUAGAUAUGUAAGUAAUUUGGAGCUACAGACUUUUAAAUGUCUAUCUUGAUACACUAUUUGUUCCUUUUCUCAUCUCCCAACUAUUGAGAAUUGUAAACUGUGUUUUGUGUUCGUAUUUACACAUAUUAAGAAGGAGUUUCAAUAACAUAGACACACAAAAAGUACACCUAUACAAACAAAAAAUUUAACCAACUUAAAACUCUUAGUAUUGUUCAUCAUGCCAUUUAUCACUCUCAUACUAAAUCAUUGUCAUCAUCAUCAUCAUCAUCAUCAUCAUCAUCUUCUUCUUCAUUGUUCCUUCCUCCCUUUCUGGUGCCUGUAUACAGGCUAUUUUAGUGUUGGAUUCCCAUUCCUAAGUCAUUUUAAAGCUACUGCCAGCCCCCAGCCCCCCUCCCCUUCUCCACCACUGCUAUCUCCUGCUCCAUACCCCACUUCAGUGGCUGGAUGGGACAAUUCAUGCACUCUUCUGCUUACAUCCAGUGUAAUCACAUAGUCAGAUAUGGCAUCAUUUGUUCAAAGUAUUUGCUCAUCAUGUACCUGAGGUGGGAUAUGAGAAUCAACCUGGUACUUACCUAGGGAGAUGUGGAAAACUACCUAAAAACACAAUCAGGCUGGCUGGCUGGCACACCAGCCUCCACCACUCAGUCUGGGAUGGCCGAGAACUGGGCACUUAAGUACACACAGCAACAUAUGCAGGUAUUAUCAUCUUCAUUAUAAUUAAAAUGUAACACUCUUUUGUACAUCAAACAAAUUCCCUAGCAAUUAUUCAGUGUACAAAGCACCAGAAAUGGUGAAAUAUGAAGCAAUACACAUGAAAGUGACUUUUUAAAAUUAAUAUUUACAUAUCAUUUGCAAUACAAUAAACUUGGAGAAAAAUGUGAAAGUCUUUAAAAAUAUUCCAUUCAUGCCACAGAUAUUUCACUCGAAUGUUCACUGGAACACUGCAUUGAUGGAUUCCAUUUCAUAGAAAUAAAACAAUAAUGACUUGCUAAGAGUGUGGCUGCUAGUAGCUAAUUCUAGCCUCCAUGUAUGUAAAUAUUAUUACAAGGUUUGAAUUCCAAAUAUAUUAUCUCAUUUCUACACUCCAAGGACAUAGUUAAUAAUUUUGUAAUUUUGCUAUUGACUUUGUCUAAAGAAACCUACCUUCUUUCCCUCAAAUAAAUGUUUGAAAAUAUUAAAACAGUCUUCUUACUGUGACUUAAGUAAACAAGUGAAAUUUCAUGAACAUCUUCAGCUCAUAUCAUGUAACCUGCAUUAACUGGAAUGGACAUUCCAUUGUAAGUUGCAUUAAUUUAUUCAAAUGCAUGCACUGAAAUGUUCCAGAGCAGCUUUUCAAACACAUUUUCUGUUAUGUCACUACAGCAGUUUGGCAUAUAGCAAAAUCAUAUGCAUGUAUCAGCAUUAGUCAGAAUUGGUCUGACUACUUACUGUACUUUAUCACUGACUUUACAUGUCCCUUCAUUCCAUAAUUGUUGGUCUGAAUAACUCUUCAGCCAAAUUAAUCUUAUAUACAUUUCUAUUUCUCAGCGUAUAGUGUGAUGCUAUCAACAGUUUGUAGCUUCCUCUCUGUUCUCAUCUUCACAGAUACUCCCCAAGAAAGUAUUGAGGCAAAUAAACAUACAAAUAACAUGCGGCCAAUGAAGAUUUCUAGGUAUGGGAUACACUGUAAUAUAAGAAACUGAAAAUGUACUGAGCAAUAAUAAAUUGGACAGGCCUCAAAAUUAACCUACGAAAACUGAAACUGAUAUACUAACUAGCUUACUACACCAAACACAUGUCCUUCCAUGCACCAAAAAAGGUUGCCAUGCUCCAAUUUCUUAUAACUUAAUAGCCUUUUGCCUGAAGCAACCUACAUGUUGAUAUAUGCAAUCAGACUGGAGAAAGUACCAUGAAAAUAUCUGACAACACCUACAUACAGAGCACACAUUUAACUUGGGAGCAGAUAAGUUCACAACUUAAAGGUAGACAGGCUGUACCACUCUGUGAAGUGUAAAACAUCUUUUUGUCCAGGUGCAGAUAAAUGAGCCCCUAGUAAAUGUUGAUGGUACGUAGUAGUAAAACAAAACCCUCUACAUGAUGGGGACAGAAGAGCUGUUUUACAGAUUAUUGGAAGUAGUGCUUUAGCGAAUUUUCUCUCAGCAGCAUUUUGCAAACAGAGCUCAAUAUUUCUUCUGGUGACCACAAAUUAAACUCCACUGAGCUCUCUGUAAAACAUUUGUAUAGACCAUAAUGGGCUGUUAACAGCCCCAGUGAAAUUUCUAAAAUCCUUUAGUCAUCUGCUUUCAUAUUAACUGGGUGAGUAUCCAAAUGCCUCCAACAGCAUUCAGUACCAGGUCAUGCAAAACUUUUCUAGAAUGCUACCAAAAAGUUUAAGUAUUCCAUUCACUCACCUUGUCUUACAUGUUCAUUUCUCAUACUGCAGUGAUAUUGUGCAAAGAGAAUGAAGUUUUUUUUCUUUUUGUACUGUAUUGCACUUUCGUUUAUGCAGUUAUCCACACAAGCAGCUGGUGCAUAAGACGUUGAUCAAGUCAGUUAAUAUACAAGGCAGGUGCUUAGUGAUAAUAGAUUUAACACAUUACUCAUACACUUUAAUUUCACAUGCAUACAUAUUUAUAUUGCAUACUGAAUCUGAGAGCUGUACACACCCAUACUACACAUGGGAGUCUUGAACUGCAGCACUGGUAGAUACUGUGAACAUCACAGGGUCAUAUGACCAAUAACUGACUCCCCAGCCCCACCCUAUCUUGCUGCCUCACCAAUCUCCACCUCUCUUUCAGCAUAACAAUAUGUAUACAAUUAGAGUUGCCAUUAUAUAACACAUCACAGAGUUCUUGCAAUGCCAGAUUUGUCUGUCUCAAGCUUUUGAUAACUUCCUCCAUCUUCACUGUCAGGAGAAUGUCGUUAGGUACUUAAGUUGGCCAGAUUGUCACAGAGAUGUCAUAGAGUCAUGGAACUUCCAUACGGUAAUCCGGCCAAUCUUAGUAACUGACGACCUGCCAAAAUGUCUCCUGUCAAUGACGAGGGAGGAAGUUGUUGAAAGCUCGAGGCUGCAAAAUUUAACACAGCAAGAACUCUGUAAAGUAUUUAUUCGGAGAUGUAGAGACAAAAAACUACAUUUGCAUAUUAUAUGCCACAAUUUAUGCACUCAGAGAGUUAUCAUUACAGUAAAAGCUGUGACUUAAAUUUUUCAAAGACGUAGGAAAAAUCAGAAAGGAAACGUUACAAAGUAAGGAGCUGUCAAUGACAGAAGGUCUCAAGAUAAGUGACAGAGAGGGAGAGGGAGUAAUGAACAUGGUGAAGAAAUGGCCUCUGUCAGAAUGCAGAGGUAAUAAAGGCAGAGUCAAAUUUAUAAAUGCACCAUGAACUUUAAACAGCAGCCUCACUACCCAUUUUCUAUGAAAGAGAGAACAAAUUAAAAAACUGACCUUCCUGAGCUCCACUUGUCAGUUUGCCUUCUAUGCCGCUUGCAAGAAGUUACUGGCUUUCUUAGCAUGGAGGAUGGUCACCAACAAACAGCUACUACCAUUCUUUAGUCAGGAGUCACACAACACAUAUUAAAAUAACAGAAUAAUUUGAGAGUCUCCAUUCAAACAACAGCUUCCAUAAACACUGUACAGAUGUUAAAAUCUUCUGGGUUAUUAGGCUGCAUCAUGUUUCUUCUAAAAUGAUCAUUUUAGAAGAAACAUGACACGGCCUAAUAACCCAGAAGAUUUUAACUUCAGUGACAACAGCCAUGAAAGCCUGCAGACUUACAUACUAUACAGCUGUCACUGAUGCCAACAUAUUAACACAAAUGGUGCAGUGACUUCCAUGCAUAGCUAUCCAAGCCAUGUUGAUUGGUGGAAUAAAUUUUCAUCACCAGCCUAAGCAGAACGAAUAGUGAUGAAAAGCUGCCAAUCAUCAGAUUAUGUGCAGAAGUUUGAGAUUAAAUUCAAAGCUCUCCACAUUGUCUCACAGAAUGGGAAUUUGUGACAAUGUAGGCAAUUUUUGUCGUGUGUAUGCCAAUAGCAAACAGUUUAUAUGUAGCUGCUUUUCCAAUAGUGGCUUUCUCCUUACUGAAAAAUGCAUAAUUAGCUAAUUUCGACUGUUAUAUUAUUGUCAAGCAGGCAAUCAUUAUGAGCUAGUGAAUAGUAUAUUUUCUCAUUAUCGAUAAUGUCAUGUACAUAAAACCACACUGUGCAUGUGAGCACUAAGAUAAUCACCAUAAUAAACAAUCCGCUUGCACUUGUAGGUGCCUACAUUCACACUGCAUGUGUACCAUUUGGUUUUCUUAUGUUUUUCACUGAAUUGCUCAGUCAACACACAAUUGUGUAGAACGGGUACACCCAUAUACAUCACUCACAAAUCACAAAAGGAAGCUGCCCAAUGAGGUACAAAUAAAGAAUAACUUUCCAAUUUAACUUGCUGAAUCCCACCUGACAGAUACCAUAUGGUUUUUAAAUAAAUAACAUUCUAUGGUUGUCCUUAUGGUUUACCAGUGUUGAACUUUAACAACCUGCAUCCACCACAUCACACUCUUCUGAAUAAUCUGUUUUCUGUAGAUUCAUUUUUAUCAUCAUUCAUAUUUUUCUACUGUUACUCUGUUUUCUCCUCAGCUUCUCCACUUUCUCUUACACUUUGUAUGUUCUCUCAUCUUAAUUCAUCAUUACAUUUCACAGAGUAAUGCAGUUUCUCACAAUCACAGAAAGGUAUGUCCUCAAAUCACAUCAGUUUUAGAAAAGUAGAAUUUUGAUAUCAGUGAAGCUCCAUUCAGCAUAGUCAGUUGCUGCUAUUUCACUGCACAUGUAAUGUGAGCGAUGAUCUUUCCCGGAAUUGUUUUAUAUAGUACCAUACAAUACAGCCUCCAAGCGAUGGAAAAAAGUACACCCACAAUGACCAGAAAAAUUCUGUGGCCAGUAGUUCGAGAAGUGCACUCAGUAUAAUUAGCUGGACAGGGAAGGAUGUUUCCUCACAAAUCUGCAUGUCCUAAUCAUAAAAUGCUGAUACCUGACUGAAGAUGAACAUGGACUGCAUAAGGCAUAUCUACAUACUCAGAAUGAAACACAUACAGGGGUAUUUACAAAUCAAGUAGAAAAUAUAUUUUAAUACUAGCAAUUCAUAAUACCGAGAAAUAUAUUUGUUUUGUAGAAAAUGUAAGUAGGUAUAACUGCUAACAAGUCAUAAUAUUUAUGUCACAAAUGGAUCUGAAAUUUUCUCUUCAAUGUGGUAGGUUACUAAUGUGAUGGUGCUGGUUUUAAUACAGAGUAGGAUACGUAACACCUACUAUGAAGUUAUAUAAACUGUUUUCCGUGAAAUGUGUAUUAUUCUUUCCUCUUCAGUGUUCUCUCUGUCUUAAACUAUAAAUGUGGCACAAUUAAAGAAUUCUAAAAAUGAAAAAGGCUAUAAAAACUCUACUUCUAUGAAUGUCUUUUCUAAAGCAAAUACCUCAUGUUUUCACUAUUUCAUAAUCAACCAUUUUGUAGCUCUAUGUAAUCGCUAGGGAAUAUUUGUAAAGGCUAUGCCCAGAAGAAAUGAAUUCAUUUUAGUAAUGUCGUGAAUAUGACUGCUAAGUUCUGCCUUGUAUAAAUUUUCACUCAAAUCUCAGUGUUACCUAUAAAAGAAUUUCCAUUUAUUUUUGUAACAGCAGCAGAAGAUGAAUGCCAAAUCGUGAAGAAAUAAUACUAUAAAAUAAUUUGAACUUCCUUUAUAUAAAUCCGUUGUUACUGCACAUUUGAUCAAGUAAGUGUAGUUCAACUUAUUUUGCAAGUUUGAGAAGGCAAUGUCAUUAACCUUGGAAUUUCCCUGCUGUACUGAGAUUACAAAUCAGUCAUCUGCCUAUAAACAACUGUACCAUGUAUUCCUCCAAAGCAUUCUUUUAUUUUAGUAAUGUGUAUUAUUUAUUUAGUUGCUCAUUUUAUGAAUCACAAAUUAUUACACUAAAUAGAUAUAUUUUCCUGUACCAUCCUCAUUUUACAGAUUUAUAUAUUACUUAAACAGAAAUGUGCCAAAAAGAAAAUGAUAGUUCUCAUCUUCUGCAUCUUCAGAUGGAAAUUCAAUAUUUUAAAAACUUUGAAAGAAUAAAUAUAUUACAGUGUAUAUUUCUAAUACAUGAAUGACUGUAAAUUAAGCAUAGAAAGGAGGUGUGAAUCUUGUGUGUAUGUGAAAUUGUGUGUACGUUUUGUUGUGCAUGAUGAAGAAUGGAAGGAGAUAAAUUCAUAUUAAUGAAAAUGUAGCUACAAAAACUAACCAUAUUAAGAAUAAUAUGAGUGAAAUUUUAUUUUGUGUAUAACACCAACAGAGUAUUUGUAUUUUUUUCCUGUCCAACCACACAAUGUCCAUUAUAAAUUAAACAAAGUUAUAACUAUCAUUCAAACAAGUUUUCUAUACCACUGCUCUCUUUGGUUGCUUUUAGAAUGCCUCAGUUUCCUUAAGUUGAUAGAAACUUGAUCAGCCUCUCUAAAUCCUGAGUGGAACAUUUGUUCUGAAAACUGUGUCGAUAAAAAACAAAUCUUAAUUUGUGGACAGUAAACAUAUUGUUAUUCAUUGUUUCAAAACUUAGUUUAAGGUCUAAGCACGACAAGUAAAACUUACACAAAUAAUGUGUGUUCUGAGAUUUCAUUUGAUACAGGUAGCACACAGAAGAAAUUUGUUUUCAAACACAUAUUACAAUAGUCAACACAGAUGUAAUAAAUUUGCAGCUUUACAUAUGAUGUGGAGGGCAAAUUCUCUUUUCUUAGAAAAUAAUAGGGUGAGAAAACACACACAUUCUCUCUCUCUCUCUCUCUCUCUCUCUCUCUCUCUCUCUCUCUCUCUCUCUCCUCCCUCCCUCCCUCCCUCCCUCCCUCCCUCCCUCUCCCCCUCUCUCCCUUCCUCCCUCCCUCCCUCCCUCUCCCUAUGUCUCUCCCCCCCUCCCACUGUUGUGUGUGUGUGUGUGUGUGUGUGUGUGUGUGUGUGUGUGUGUGUGAGAGAGAGAGAGAGAGAGAGAGAGAGAGAGAGAGAGAGAGAGAGAGAGAGAGAGAGAGAGAGAGAAAUUUUUUAAAUCAAAACCUGUAAUAUUGCUGAUGAAGAUUUCAGAACAAAUAUUCCAUCUUUAAGUAAGGUAUCCCAUAUGAUACUGAUGUGUAGCAGCUUGUGAGAGAUAUGUUCAAGCAUAUCAAAUGUCUCACACAAUUUCCAGUCCCAUGUGCUACGCAUUGAAAUCCCAAUGAAUCUUCUAUAUGAAUUUAAAUCCAGUAGACAGAACAUAUGUUUUCAAUGUACAUUGCUUGUAAUAAAAUAUCUCUCUUCAGACAGUAUAGAUACGGUUGUUAACAGUGUUUCAUUUAUCAAUGUCUCAGGCUUCUAGAUCACAGUCCAAGGGUCACUAUUACUAUAAUUGUAAUUGGUUACUGGAAUUAUUGAUUUCUACUGACUAAACACAACAAAAUAAUUUAAGAAUGCUUACUGAAGAGAACAGUGGUAAGAUUUUGUGACUGUAUAAAGGAAGUGACAACAUUUACAAAGAUUCAGUUCAUCAGACAACAGAUGGACACUAUAGCAAUGACUGAAUAGCCUGUCUGUAACCCUCCUUGCAGUUUCUGCUGUGUUGUGAGUACUGUUUCUAGCAACAGCAAACAGAUUAGCUAUACCAAUAGAAGAAUGUGAUGCUUUAUUUCUCAGAAGUACAGUGGUGUCAUAUCAAAGAAUAUGGACAAAAAUAGAGGCAUAAAUAAUUUUAAAUGCAAUCACAACUUCAGUAGAAUAAAAUUUUGCCAUCACAAUAUAGCAUCACUCUGAGUGACCUUUUCUGCUUCCUGUAUAAUUUUAAUUUAAAUAGUAAGCAUUAAAAAUUACACAGUGUUAUGAAAGUUCUCUUGUGAUAGAAAAGCAGGGAUCUGCCAAAAACAGGUCACUGUGCAAUUUCACACUUCAUUUCUGAGGUGGCAUAAUGUAAAAUUUUGUUUCAUUAAAUUUUUAUUAAGGAUUUCUCUGUCGCACUGUGGAGUGCUAAAAUUAUCUGCUUCAUCCUUUUGCCUCCACUUCACCAGAAAACUUCAUUCGAUGCCACAUAAAUUUGGAAAUCUUCUUCUGUUGAUCCCAGGCAAUGUUAAACUACAUAUAUUAUGAAUCUCUGGAUGUGCAUUUAGUAGACUUUCACACUCACACUUCUACUGACAGUAUCUCUUUCUCCAAGACAAACAUUAAUGACAACAAUAUAAAAUCAUUCACAGUUCAAAACAGGAAGACUUCAUUUCCAAAUAACAUUCUCAAUGCAUUUUAAAAGCUGUAUAAUACAUAUGUUUGAAUAGCAAAGUAAGAUAAGAUACACAUAAUUUAGUUGAAAAAAUAAAUAGGUGGCUCAUCAGACUGGCCCCAUAAGUGAACCAUGUAAUAGUGACUUGAACAUUUGGUUCCUUACUCCAGUGAAACAGAGGUAAGGGAGGUUAAGAGUUGAUCAGAUAUAUCCAAGUUAAGAGAAACUUACAGUAUAUCAACUGGAAAAAAAGAAAUUUAAAAUUAGCAAGGGCAGCAAAAUGAUGAAGUAAAGGAAAACAGCCAUAGAACCAAGGAGUACUGAACUAAUGUAAAAGUGAAAAUAUAUCAGACAGGCUAGAAGAAAAAAAGUAAUAAAUUCUGAGCAGGCAAGAAGGGAGAAACCAGAAGGAUGUCGCCUCAAGAUCACGUCAGAAAAAAAAAGUGACACCCUUUAAGCAAAAUACUAAUAAACCAUGUUUUACAAGGUCUAGAAUUGACAGGAUUCGACUCUUUAAUAAUGAGUUAUAUAUUGUUAUGAAGCAUUGAUAAAUAAGAGGAUUGGCGAACAAAGCAGAUAAUACUUUGGAGAUAGAAGUAGGCAGAAGCCAAAAUGUGAGAGAAGAACAUGGGGAAGAGGAAACAAGGUUAUCUAGUUUGUUUGGGCAGGAGGAUUUUAUCUGUGGGGCUGGAAGAAAAACACUGUAUAUGACAUGAGAGAGCUAGAUGAAAACUCCAGUUAAAGCUAACAUACAUAUCAGUUCUAUUAUUACAUUCUUGUCAGCUACACUGUACAGCUUUUUUAUAAGUCUUAGUUUUUGUUCCCUGCAUAAAAUUCUUCCGAAAACAGUUGUCUAUGUAUUGCUGCUCUAAAUUUUUAACAUUGUUCCCCCUCUCUCACAAGGAAUACAUUUGACAAAGAAUGAAAUACCCACCACUCAGCUUCUGAUGGUAACCUGUAAUUCUGGAAUUGCCUCAAUUCUGAAUUCGAAUGAUUUGCCUUUUAACUUAUGUAUAGCACAUGAGAGCUUUCUGAGAAUGUAUGCAAUUCCUUCACAAAUAAUGGUAUAAUAACUCAAAGUGAACAGAAAAUUUCAACAAACUCUGAACUCCACACCACUGUAUCUUCAGAUUUGAUGAAUGCAAAACUGCACACAAAGCACACCAACAGAAACUGCAAAUUAUAAUUUAUCAUUAUAUGUCCAUGUCCAUGGCAAUGUCCGUUCAAAUGAUUGUGGCCUUUAUAAGGAAUGAAAACUUGUUCCAAUGUGAAAAGUUAUAUAGUUUAAUGUAAAUUAUCAGCAAAUUCACCUCUAUUGUACUGAUGAUAUGUAUAGUGCCAUUUCAAUAAAAAACAUAAAUCAACA